ACAGAAGAGGAAGUCGGGUCCCCUUGCUCUCCUUGUGUCAUAGACAGCAUUUUUGGCCAUGGAUCAAACACCUUGCAAGUGGUAAAUGGCUCACCCCUCCUUUUCCUCUCUCUAGAUACCAUCCCUAAAUCGAACUGUGAGCUCCAAGGUUGUGUACUACUGACCUGAGCAUCAUGUCCAUCCCGGGGGUCAAUGCAUCCUUCUCCUCCACUCCAGAGAGGCUCAACAGCCCAGUGACCAUUCCAGCAGUGAUGUUCAUCUUCGGGGUGGUGGGCAACCUGGUGGCCAUCAUAGUGUUAUGCAAAUCGCGCAAGGAGCAAAAGGAGACAACGUUUUACACUCUAGUAUGUGGGCUGGCUGUCACUGACCUACUGGGCACAUUGCUGGUAAGCCCAGUGACUAUCGCCACAUACAUGAAGGGCCAGUGGCCCGGGGAACAGGCACUGUGUGACUACAGCACCUUUAUCCUACUUUUCUUUGGCCUAUCGGGUCUGAGCAUCAUCUGUGCCAUGAGCAUCGAGCGCUACCUGGCCAUCAACCACGCCUACUUCUACAGCCACUACGUGGACAAGCGGCUGGCCGGCCUCACACUCUUCGCCGUCUAUGCAUCCAACGUGCUGUUCUGCGCACUGCCCAACAUGGGCCUGGGCAGGUCUAAGCCUCAGUACCCCGGCACCUGGUGCUUCAUCGACUGGACCACCAACGUAACGGCCUACGCCGCCUUCUCCUACAUGUACGCCGGCUUCAGCUCUUUCCUCAUCCUCGCCACCGUGCUCUGCAACGUGCUGGUGUGCGGCGCGCUGCUCCGUAUGCACCGCCAGUUCAUGCGGCGCACCUCGCUGGGCACGGAGCAGCACCACGCGGCUGCCGCAGCAGCUGUGGCCUCAGCUGCUUGUCGGGGCCACGCGGCCGCCUCCCCAGCCCUCCAGCGUCUCAGCGAAUUUCGCCGCCGCAGGAGCUUCCGGCGCAUCGCGGGCGCGGAGAUCCAGAUGGUCAUCUUACUCAUCGCCACUUCCCUGGUGGUGCUCAUCUGCUCCAUUCCACUCGUGGUGCGAGUGUUCAUCAACCAGUUAUAUCAGCCAAGUGUGGUUAAAGACAUCAGCAGAAACCCAGAUCUGCAGGCCAUCAGAAUUGCUUCUGUGAACCCCAUCCUGGAUCCCUGGAUCUACAUUCUUCUGCGGAAGGCUGUGCUCAGUAAAGCCAUAGAGAAGAUCAAGUGCCUCUUCUGCCGCAUCGGUGGGUCCGGCAGAGACCGCUCAGCACAGCACUGCUCAGAGAGUCGGAGGACAUCUUCUGCCAUGUCCAGCCACUCACGCUCCUUCCUCUCCCGGGAACUGAAGGAGAUCAGCAGCACGUCUCAGACCCUCCUGUACCUGCCAGACCUAACUGAAAGCAGCCUCGGAGGCAAGAAUUUGCUUCCAGGUGCCCAUGGCAUGGGCCUCACCCAACCAGACACCACCUCUCUGAGAACUUUGCGGAUAUCAGAGACCUCGGACUCCUCCCAGGGCCAGGACUCGGAGAGUGUCUUGUUGGUGGAUGAGGUUGGUGGGAGCGGCAGGGAGGAGCCUGCAUGUAAAGAAAACUCUCUACAAGUCACGUUCCCCAGUGAAACGCGGAACUUAUCUGAAAAAUGUAUAUAGUAGCUUAAGGCGGGAGCAAGUACUGUUUUGGACCCUUAUAAAAACCCUGUGCAAUAGACCUACACGUGUUGAGCUGUACUCAGAAGGGCAGUCUUCACCUUGACUCCUGUUAGAGAACAGUGCAGCUUUUGAGUGCUGCAGAUGAGCCUCUUGAGUGUCUAGGCCUAAAGCACAUUGGCUGUCACUCUAAUGUGACUCAAGAUUGCAGCUGCAACUUGACAGCUUUCGCUACUGCAUAGGAAGAUGGCAGAAGCUAUGCUGUUUUCACAGCAUCAAGAGCGUUCUUUCUAUUUGGCACAUACAGGAGGUCCAGACCCUGGAAGGGCUCUACCCUAAACUGAGGACUACCUACAGCUGAUUUAACUGUCUCACUAAAGCAUGAAAUGUGAAUUUUUAUUGUUGGCAAUAUAAUUUAAGGUAUUUAUGUUCUUCUCUGUGAGAAGGUUUACUGUUAAUACAAGGUAUAAAAAAAAAAUUAUGAUACUUCCUCUCCUGUCAGUAUAACCAGCUAAUAUUGUCGAUGUUAUUUUUUCCCCAUAAACAAGUUCAGGCCAAGGUAUUGAAAACAGAGUGAAAGUAGUAUCUAUAAAAAUAGAUAUAAAUUUUUAAAAGUUUAGUAUUAUCAAAGGAAGAAGAAAAUAAAUAUUAUUUAAGAUGUGAAAAUUAAACAGCCUAAAGUAUAUUUUCCAAGCUAUGUAUAAUGAAAAAAUUUAGAAAGAUAAUAUUGCAUUUAUUUAUCCAGAAAACUGUGAUUUCAAGAGUACUUAACAUUGCUGGUAAAUAUUUUCAACCUUUGUCCCCAAUAAUUAGUAUUUUUAAAGAUGUAAUAUACUUUUUUAAAGUCUCCAGCUACCCAUAAGUGAAGUGUACAGUAUAAAAGUCUAAGUAGCUUGUUCUGUCCUGAAAGCAUGUGUAGCUUUCCUUGCCAACAGAAUGUCCAACAGCAUCCUUUAAAACUUCAAGAGGAAGACUUUACAGAGAGGGAUGCAGAUUCCUCUCGGGUGUGGUCUCCACUCUGUUGUGUGUCACGGGACACUGGCAGUUUUGUCGUGUAACUCCCAGGAGUACUGAGCCCGUGUUUGAAGGAGCGUUCUCAGAGAAACUGAAGGAUGUUUUGUCGUGUAAUGUGUCCUUGUGCAUUGCUUGGUUGUGACCGAAUUCUGAGCCCGAGACUAAUAUUUUGAAGAGUAGUUGAACUGACUGAAAUUAUUCUGGAGAUUACAAUAAAUGGUUGCAUUCCAUCUGAGUCCUAUAGCCUCAGUUUUAGAAAACAUGAAUGGGUUUUUUUCCUUGCUGUUUCGUUUUGG